UAUCAAUCUCUAAGCCUAGUACAUCUACUAAACCCCUGCCUAUAAUAUUACAAUUGGGAGUAAAUAAUAAAGAAAUUUACCUUAAGGAACACUUCAUCCGUGGAUUGUCUCGUGAUAAUCACUUGGAAGUCAGAAGAUGUGGGACAGAUUUGUCAUUAGAUGAGCUGGUUGCAAAGUUAAGCGUUUCUUGUCAUGAUUUUUAA